GCGAGAUUUACUUGGAAAAAAUCAGAAAAUCCAUUUUUGGUUAAGAUUUAAAAUUUUGAAAAUAAUCUGACAAAAUGGCUAAAGUUGACAUGGAAUUAAAAAAGGCUUUUACGGAAUUGCAAGAAAAACAAAUAGAAACUACACAGAAGUUAAGAAUAGCAGACAUCCAAAUAGACAAUUUGAGAAGAAAUAAGCAGCAUGCUUCAAUUACAGAAAGAGAAAUAGGCACAUUGGAUUCAGGCACCAAGACAUAUGAAUCAGUGGGUAGAAUGUUUUUGUUAACGCCUAUCGAUAAGGUGAUGGUGAAUUUGAAAACAAAACAGACCACAGCAGAGGAGAAAAUAAAGGUGAUAGAGAGCAACAAAACGUACCUAGAGAACUCCCUUAAAGAAGCCACAAAUAGCUUACGUGAACUGGUUCAGACAAAAAAGGAAUCAUGAAUGGUUUGCUAGUUAGAUAUGAUAUUUAUUAAUACAUUUGUAUGUCACACAUUUUUCAGAUCUUAAUAAAAAACUUUAAUUC